AUGGGUCCAACUCAAGUGCAAAUUCAGGGUACUCCACAUCGCCGGAGUAGUCAGCAGAACAAGACACCAAAAAGAUUCAAAGAACGAGGUGGUGGCUCACCAACAAAGCAGCAAAAUAGAACAAAUGGAUUCAACUCGAAUCUAAACAAACAACUGCAGAGAUCGUCACCAAAAUCAGCAUUCCAUCCAGUAAAAGCUUCCAGCUAUAACAAUGGAAUGUUACCAAUGAACUUUAAAAGAUCUUCGCCUCUUCAAACAAGAUGUUCCCCUCAAGGAUUUCAGGUAGAUGAAGAGAGCAAACUGCGAGAAUCGCCAUCGUAUGCUGGGGCAAAAUUCAGUGAAGCUCCGCCUCCUGAUUGUCUGCCAUCUCCACCUGUAGGCUGGGUACAGCGGUGCUCCAUGGUUCCAAAUUCACCAGUGUCUUUCAGACAAAUGGAGAACAGCUUGAAAACAAUGCUUAAAGUUGCUUCAUAA